AUGGAUCAGAUGAUAGAACUUGAUGUAUUGCUAAAUGUUGGCUUCAAUGAAAACUUGAGAUACCUUUAUCUAAUAAUGUGGUUUAUGAGUGUUGUGGGCAGCUAUGGUUUACUUAUUUACCAUACACAGGAUGAAGAACUUGCACAACAUCAAGUGUCUAUGUUACUGUUUCUUGCUCUUGCUUGUGGCAUAGCGGUGUUUGGUACUCAAGUAUUGAUGCCUUUUACUGGAUCUGGGAAUAAUGAACUUAUUUCUUUGGCCAAUACAUAUGCACAGGGGCGAAAUAUGUGGUACCUUCAGUCUUUUUUAGUGCGGUAUGGAAACUUCCAAGCUGAGGUUAAGCGGCAGGCAUCAAAAUCGGUUAGGAAGGCAUCAAAAUUGCGUCAAGGUGUUUCAGCAGGGGGCGAGAAGAGCUAG